AUGGGAUUCAUUGAACUGGGAAAGCCUUCAGUUAAAAAAAGAAAAGUGGCAGUUUAUAAAAGGAAAAACCAUGUUGCAAAUAGUACCCAUCAAUCUCCCUCAACUACCUACUCAUCGCAAGAUAUAUCAGUCACUUUGACCUUACUGCCGUGUGCCAAGUCCAGCUAUGAAAGGAAAGUGUGUUUGAAAGAUCUACCUUUUGAAGUUAUUCGCAAAAUAUUUAUCUUUGCCGGCCCAGGGAAUAAUCUUCACUUGGUCAAUCGGUCAUUUUAUCAAAAUAUGAGAUUUUCAGGUGUUAACGAUGAUCAAGAGGAAGAUCAGCAAUUAACAAAGUAUCAGCUUAUAAACGUUGAUUUAUAUGACUCGGAGCAGGAAGAAGAGAAGACAAAGAAGAAAAAGAAAAGCUGUAUUUGGAAGAACUAUUCGCUUGUAAUUACUUUUAUUCGUCGAUAUUUCCUAUACGAUUUGAACAUAGGAUUAGAUGAAGAUCUAAUUGGCAGGAAAAUGGAGUUUUAUCUACAUCAACUUGACGAUAUAACGCUGUUGUAUCCAAAUUAUAACCAAAGUGAAUAUUAUCAAAAGUUUGUUGCAAACUUGGAGAUGUUGGCAUCUAUCUGGAAUAAAUACAAAACUACCGCUGGUAGAUAUGUUUUGAAUAAAGAUUUGCUAAAUUUCAAAUUCAUUUCCAGGAAACUUUUGCUAAAAUUGACAUCAGAAACUUUUUGCUUUGCAAAACAAGCAUGUGAGAAGGAAGAACUAUUGAAAUUUAAGUGCAUGCAAGAGAUUGAGUUGAAUCGGAAAUUGAGAGUAAAGUUUCUUAGGUUCAAGUUUAGGGAAUUGUAUGUACUACUAGAUAAGGUCAAAGAUGACUUGGUUCUGGGUACGUUUGAGAGUCUUGGUCAGUAUAAUGAGUUUGAAAAGUAUGUGGAAAUGAUAAACAAUCAUCCACCGGAAAUGAAUAAUCCAGUGUCAAAUCCGCCAAUACCUAUGUACCCCAACGAAAACGAAGAAUUUGAAGGAUUCACCAUUGACAGAACAACAUUUUAUAAUUAUAAAGCCGGGUAUAUCUUUGGCUGGGUAUUUUUUGGAGAAUUGGAUAACUUCGCCAAAGAGUGCCUAAUUCCAGAUAGUAUUUACUUGAAGUCAAUUAAAUCGCGACGCUUCUAUAAUGUGGUUUUAACUUUGGAUACCUCAGUUCAUCCAUUGAGUCGUUAUCCAGAUUUCCUCUUGCAGGAAAUACUUUAUUCAUUACAUCCCAACAAUGUUGAUUUCAAAAUCUUUGCAUCAUUGAGUACUAUAGUAAGGUCAAUUAUGGACGGUACUCGAUUUCCUGCGGCAAAAUACUUUGGACUUAUUGGAUCGCUUAAAGAAGCAUUCAAAUUAUAUGAUACGUAUUCAAAAUUGGACUAUCUAUCAUUUGGGGUCAACGAGAGAGGACUUAACAUUUUGGAAAACUUAUUUCAAGGUAUGCAUGCAAUGUUUCUUUAUACGUUACAGCUGUAUGAAAAUGAAAAAGAAGAUCAAAAGCAAUUAUGGGCAUUGGCUUUGGAGUUGAAAAAUGCUGAAUUGAUUGAGUUUAUGUCGAGAGCUUCAAAAAUUCUCGAUCCUUAA